GAAAACCUCCUCUGGGGACGUGGGUUUUCCAAGCUUGGGGUUCGACUGUUUAGCCCCCAUUAGGGCCGUUGGAUUGGCCAAUUGCCGGGGGGGCCGCCGGUGGUGAUAAGACCCAAGAUCGUUUGGUUGUUCGAUUGGUUGUCUGCGGGUGCAAAAGCCUGCAAAGGUUCGCUGUUCAUUAAUAGUUAGCUUGGGUCUCGGCUCUGGCCGUGGGGACUCCGGGGAGUUGAUUGCCACUGAUUGGCGACGGGCCACUAAAAGGCCACUAACUUGAUGGCGUUGGUGCCGGGGAGUGGCCCAAGGCCUCCAAGAGUUCAAGGCCCAAGCAAGGCCCAAACAAGGGCGCAAACAGGGCCCCGUCACGGUCCUUGGGCGGCGGGGAUCGAUGGGGGGGCAGAUCCCCCGGACGCGGGGUGGGAAGAUCAAUGAGGGUUCUGGUAUUGUAUUUAUGGUAUGAGAAGGUAUACAAAGCGGUGGUUUAUGGGGAGUGCUGGGCGUGUAACUCUGGUACGGACUCGGUAACCCAGCGCCAUCUCCCACCUCCACGGCCCCAGUUUUCUAUCAACCUCCUUCUCGUCUCCUUCUCGUCUCCUCUCCUCCUCUCCUUUCAUGCUCCGCUUCUCUUCAUCCCGCCCAUCCCCCCAUCGUCGCCCCGCCGCCUCUCUCCUAUGUUCGACGUCAUCUAUCCCUGUCUGAUCUGUUUGUGUCUUACGCCUCUCCCUACUUCUCCAUUCUCACUCUCUUCGCCAUCCUCCUCCUAAGGCAUCUAUCUAUCUAGCUAUCUAUCUAUCUAUCUAUCUACCUAUCUAUCUUAUCUGGUAUUGUUGGUCUGCCACCUCGUUGGAACUCUUCGUCCUUGGGCUGUACAGAUAACUUUCAGAUUGCUGAAUGCCCUCUUUACCUUAAUCCCCUGCCUUGUCUUCUUCAGGUCCAAUUCAACUUGGCAAUUGUAAUAGUGCUUGGUACGCCUCUCUGGCUACUUUGAACAGACGGAUCUACAUAUGAACUCGUUCUAGCUUCAAAUCUCCUAACCCUUAUUUCUCGCUCGUUGGAUAAGGAAAAGGAAUCGCCCCGUCGCGUCUUGGUUUCUCCCUAGUUUACUACAUACGGUGCGUUCAAAAGAGGAAACUAUCAUAUCGAGGGCAAGUUUGCAGACGAUGUAAUCGUCAUAUCGCGCACUUCGCCCACUCCCUCUGUCGACACGGACAAAUUUCAGACCGCCCGAAUACCACUCCUCCGUCAAUCGACGACAACAAUUACCACUACGACAACGAACAGAAUCCCCCUCUUCUAAAGUUCCCGCGCCAUGAUGGCUACAGUCGUUGUACAACAGCAGCCAGUGCGACAUUCCUCAUCUCCACCCCCGAUCACCUCAGCUCUGAGCCUCAGUGCCAACUCUACCCAUAGUCAAGCCCCAGUCCCCAACAAACAUCUCCCCGUCUGCCCUCCAGGGCCCGCUCCGGCUAGCUCAAAGAUACCCACAACCCCACCAGCCUCGCCAACCCUCAAACAUUCCACUCCCCUCCAAGGCAAUUGUGUCCUAUACCCCCCAAAUCAUUUCCCCAAGCUGUGCGACAAUCCUCCAGUAUAUUCGAUAGAUGCAGAUACAUUGGCCCAUGCAUUAGAUGAGCUGGCCUCUCGCCCUCUGCCAGACCCCAAACAAGUCUUUCCCUGGCUACACGGCCUGCAUCCGGACAAUCAUAUCCAGCUAGGCUUCUUUGUUUCAAGAAGGAGGUCACUUAGACGCAUACCGCGAUGUUUGCGAUCCAUAGCAAUUGUUAAAGCUGGCGGGGAUCUGUCUAGGUCAAGGAUUAAGGGGGCUAUUGCACCAGAAGAGAUCCUCUCCCAGUCUGGCACUACGUUCAUUGAUGCGGAUCCCCCAGAAGGCUUUUCCGUGCGCAAUUUCCAUAUACAAACGGCGAAAUUAGCGCCAUUAUCGGAUAUCAUUGUAUAUGGUGAAGAUGGUGCCAAUGGGAGCGAUCUUCUCGAGCUUGCUGACGGAAUUGCUAGAGCACAGAAGGAAUGGAGAAGAAGAUUUGAUCCGGGACAGGAGAAUUCCUUGUUUAAUACGUUUAUUCUCCAGAGUUCUUUCAAUGAGGUAGAGGAGAGACACCCUGAAUUGAUUGCUGUAAACUGCCAAGGGCAACUUACUGGCCGAGUCAUGGAUUUCUUUCAUUGGGAACGGUUGGAAAUGUGUAAAAUGGCCGAAGCCUCGGAGAUAACAACAAACGUUUGGCAGGGCCCUACACCAGAUAUCAACGAACGCCCCUUUGAAGACCUAGGAUUUGAUGUUUUCAUCGAAACUCACGAUGUUGCAAAUAUUCCUAAUAUUCGAUAUCUCUCAAAAAUAUCAAGACAAAUGGAUGAUGGACCACAGAGAUUGGAAUUCCCGUCGUCGGGGAGCGUUCUAGCCUCAUUCAACCAGAUAGAGGUUUUCGACCUCAUUGAUACUUGUAGAUGGAUAUAUCAUAUUACCCACCCUGAGCGGCUUGAACAACCAAUUGAUUCAGACGGCGAUAUUCCAAUGGUGGAGCUCACUGCAAAACCUCGCAAGGUUCUAAUCCACUGCGGAGACGGGUACACCGAAAGCUCGCUACUAGCUAUUGCCUACUUCAUGUUUGCUGAGGGAGCCCCUGUGCAUGAGGCGUGGUUAAGACUGCACUGCGAGAAGCAGCGGAAUUUCUUUGCCUAUCCCUCAGACGUCACAUUCCUAACUAGCAUUCAACAAAGGCUAUUGCUUGAAAGCCCCGCCGCCCGUAAUCGCAGCAUCACAAACAGCCUCGAACCAGCUUGGCUCUCACGAAUGGAUGGGUCAUUACCCAGUCGCAUUCUACCGUACAUGUAUCUGGGAAAUUUAACGCAUGCUAACAACCCAGAGCUCCUCCGCGCCUUGGGCAUUAGACGGAUACUUAGCAUUGGAGAAUCCGUCUCAUGGCCGCCGUCAGAGAUCGAGAAAUGGGGGCCGGAAAGUUUGAUGAUGAUAAACGAAGUACAAGAUAAUGGCAUAGAUCCGUUGACACAGCAAUUUGACCGUUGUCUAAAGUUUAUUGAGAAAGGGAAAAAGGACUGUACGGCGACUUUGGUGCAUUGUCGCGUUGGCGUGUCUAGAUCUGCCACCAUCUGCAUUGCUGAGGUGAUGGCGUGUGAGGGGUUAUCGUUUCCUAGGGCAUACUGCUUCGUUCGUGCUAGGCGUUUGAACGUCAUCAUCCAACCGCACCUCCGAUUUGUCUACGAGCUCCUCAAAUGGGACGAACUCCUCCGGCAGAAACGCCACGAGCCAAUCCGCAGAGAUCUUGACUGGGUAACCAUCGCGCGCGAAAUAGCUCUCAUGAACAAACCAUAUUCGAAACAACAAUAAUAAAUUUCGAAUAACCGCAGCGCCCGAACAAGUUCUAUCCAUUUGUCGAUAUGACAUUGAAUUUCCCUCACUGAUUCAUGAUACACGUACGCACGGAUCUAUACAUGAAGGAGUUUUUGUCGUAUCACUUUUAUUUUAACGAUCUGAUCGAGAAACCACAUUUAAAAACUGCCCACGGGCCACCCCUUACUUUUCCUUUUUACGACUCGUGCUCUAACUUACCCUUUUUCUCAUGAUAUUUCUACUUACCAUGCGAUGUGACACGAAUACCACUUAGCGACCUCGAUGAUGAAUUUGCUUUUGCUUGCUUUAUUUCCCUCUCGCGCACCAUUUUCAUGUUUUUCAUUUUCCCUUCAGGGUUUAUCUGGUUUUUUAAUUUCCUACCCUUCUUCUCUUUUUUUUCUUCUUGCUGAGGAAGGACUUUCUCAUUCCUAAUGAUGGUUUGGUUUGUACCAAUCCCAAUUUACUCUUCUUCAAUUAUUUAGUUUUUAUUUAGUUUUUUUCUCUAUUUUAUCUUAACUUCAUAUAUUUCUGUUCUUUUCCUUUUCCUUUAUAUCUCUUUUAACUCUCCUCCUCUAUGCUACUAUGUCUUCUAGCUCUACAACAUCUUACUUGAUACGAUGAUCUUUUAUUUAUUUAUUUCCUUCAAAUUCCAUCUUCUAUUCUCACAGACUUUCCGCUUUUCUCUCUUGUUUCCCAUUCAUCCGCUUUCUCCGACACCUUUUCUAAUUUCACCUUUUAUAAAACCUGCCCAUGACCACGCCGAACGCCGAAUAUGCAUGAGCGACAGUCAUGCUGAUGGGGGAUGCAAAUUAAUCCCUUCUAGUUUUUUUUUGCUUGUUUUGUUGCUUGUAUCCCUUUUGCUUUUCUACCAGAAAAGUUGCGGCGUUGGCGCGGGACCUGGUGAAAGUUUAGGGUCCGGUGUCCUAAAAUCCAUUUUACCUAUUUUUUUUUUUUUUUUUUUUUUUUUUUUUUAAGUUUGAUCUGAAAAACCUUUCCUAUUUCUGAAGAUUGAGAUUAUGGUUUUCAUUUUAUUUCUCUUACUUUUUUUUAAUUUGUCCUCUUUCCUUUUUUUGUUUUGAUGGGUAGUAAUUUCUUUGUUCUUCUUUUUUUCACUUCUUUCUUCCUUGUAAGGCUAAAGUAACUUUAUAAACUGAUAAAGUUGAGAUUGGGAUUAGUUAAGAUUGAUUGAUUAACCGAUUGAAAAAUACACAAAUUGAAGAUUUAUUUCUUAUAUAUUUUUUCUUGUCUUCAUGUUUUUCGUAACUAACCUAAUUUGGCUUGAAGUAACUCCGUAGGUGAGAUCAGGAGCAUACCAUACCGAUUCAACUAUUGUAAGAAUUUAAUCGCUGGUGCUGGUUGAUGAAAAAAAAUCUUUCGUGCCAUGAGGGUAU